GUGCUGUCAAAGUAUGCUAAAAUUCCUAUUAUUACGUGAUAGUUGUGCAUUGUUGCGACAACACACAUUUUAACGAAUUUGUGCCGAAAAUCAAGCUCCCCCCGCGGAAACACUACGUUAGUUCACGUUCUUUUCAGAUCCUACAGAAAACCGACACAAAAUCAACGAUGCCAGCCGUGCCGGGAGGUGUUUACAGCCAGAACCAGCAGCCGAGCUGCUUCGACCGCAUGAAGAUGGGCUUCACGAUUGGGUUCUGCGUGGGAAUGGCUAGCGGUGCCCUGUUCGGUGGCUUUUCGGCGCUCAGAUACGGAUUGCGCGGCCGUGAGCUGAUCAACAACGUGGGCAAAGUGAUGGUGCAGGGUGGCGGCACGUUCGGCACCUUCAUGGCAAUCGGAACCGGCAUACGAUGCUAAGUUAAACACAAACACACCCAACAACAACAGGCAUCCGUGCGUAAUGUCCUUAACUGUGAGCAAAAGCAUUCAAAUCCCCUCUUCUCUAAACCUAAGAAAUGUUAAGCGAAUAAACUAGAGACAAAAACCCUA